CAUGCCAGUUGACAACUGACAAGAAACCUCGCUCGAAAUAAAAGUCCCUAAAAAACACAUUUUCCUCUGCCUCGUCGUAAAAUACAAAAUAACCAACAAAAGUGCAUUUCCAACAAUUUUCAUUAUCAUGGUGUAAAGCCCAUCAAAUUAACAUUCAAAGGGUGGUACAUUGUCUGGACUUUUGUGCUGAGCCAAUUCCGGUUCAUUCGCGAACUCUUCAAAAGCGGCAGCGAAAACUCAAGCGUAACAGAACUCAAAACUGCAAGAAGUAAAACAAGGCGAAUCCGCAGAGAAUAAGAUGAACAUCCGCUGUGCAAAACCCGAAGACCUCAUGAACAUGCAGCACUGCAAUCUGCUCUGCUUGCCUGAAAACUACCAAAUGAAGUAUUAUUUCUACCAUGGGCUCAGUUGGCCCCAGCUCAGUUAUGUGGCAGAGGACGAGAAGGGCAACAUAGUGGGCUAUGUCCUAGCGAAGAUGGAAGAGGACAAUGAGGACCUAAAGCAUGGUCAUAUUACGUCCCUUGCGGUUAAAAGGUCGCACCGAAGGUUGGGUUUAGCGCAGAAACUUAUGGAUCAGGCGUCGGAAGCAAUGGUUGAGUGCUUUGAUGCCAAAUAUGUGUCUCUUCACGUCAGGAAGAGUAAUCGCGCCGCUUUAAAUCUCUACAAGAAUUCGCUCAAGUUCGAGACUGUCGAAAUUGAACCUAAAUAUUACGCAGAUGGCGAAGAUGCCUACUCGAUGAGGAGGGAUUUGUCGGAAUUUGCGAAAAAAAUGAAGACGAGAACUGACGAAAAAAAUGAAGAGUGAUUUUUUUGCUUUUGUAUGGUUUUAUUAUGUUUGUGAUGCAACGUUGAAUAAAUCAGUUGCCAAUU